UCAGUUCAAUUCUAACUCGACUCAAAGCCGGUUUAGCUAAAAGUUUCUGUUUUUUGCUGUUUACAAAAUUUGUGUUUAACAAAAUGCGUUUCGCUCUGUUUGCUCUCCUAGCUCUAUGCGUGAUGGCUUUCGUCGUGGCUAGCCCGGCCAAGGACUCUAAGAAGACCACCAAUAGCUGUGUGCGCGCCUGUGGUGAAGACUACGAUCCCGUCUGUGCCAGAGCCAAGAACAGCGGCAAGGAGCGUCUCAUUACUUUUGGCAGCCAGUGCGUUAUGGCCAACUACAACUGCCAACACGCUGACGAUCCAUUCGAGGUGAAGACCAAGGGCGAGUGCGGCGGUGGUGUGAGCGUGCGUCUAUCCUAAAAUCAAAUAUCUGUCCGAUGAUACAACUUCUAAAACAAACGAGUACAAUUCAUUCAAAUAUAAACUUUUACUA